GGAUCCGAUGCCGUUGCUACUGCCUCCCUGGUAUUCCUCCUCUCACAUCUCCCGCCUUGACGUCAUCUGUUGCGCCGCCCAGGCCUCGACUCCACAUCACCGGCAUCUCCAACUCAGUACUCCUGCCACUGCACCCAGCGGCUCGUCGCCAUGACCGGAUCCGGCAAGGGAUGGAGUGAAGAAAUUGGAUUGGGGUCAUGGAAUAAAUCAUACGAGGAUGCAACUCAUGUUCUUGUAGGCAGUCAUUCAGAUUUCUUAACUCUGUAGCAAAAUCAGCUGCCACAGUUCUGUGCUGCCGGCCAUAGAAACCUUUCAUGUAUCCCCUCUUGUCGCUUCUCUGCAGCGGCAUCUCAGUGCCAUGGUGGCGGCGCUCCUGCCCCAACGACCGUAACUGCUCCUCACGAUCUGUUGUGUCUCGGCAGUCCCAGCCACUCCUCCCUAGCGAACUUGUGCUCUUCCUUUGGCUUGCCUUCCAGAGGAUCUGCACCGCUUCAGUUAUAAUCAGCAGGGGCCUGACGUCCAACCUCGGCCUUCAUGUUGGUUAUUGUAGCCUUUAUGUAUACCUCUGUCAGAUCGCUCACUAUUUUGAUAGGAAUCCGCUGCCCGGUGAUGGUUUGUUCCUUCCUGACGGAUUGUCGCACACGUUUACAUGAUUCGGGUGCGCACAUAGGCAAGCAAGGCCGCCGUGGUUCAGGCAUCUGUUAGUUAUCGAAAAAAUCUAACCACCGCAGGAGAGGAGGAGCUGCAGAUUCAUAGUGUACGUGAUGUCCCUACCAGAUUGCUACAACAUUCAUGCAGAUUCUGAUAUGCUGAAAAGUUUGCCAAAGUUGAGUCGCCGGGAACUUAAAGUAGCGCGUGAGGAUUUUAGCACCAUAAUUGGCUCAACUCCGGAGAUUGUAGUCUACAAAGGAACAAUGAAGGAUGGACCUGAGGUUUUUGUCAUAUCAUUAUGUGCCUUUGAAGGUUAUGAUCUGGCAAGGUUGAGUCAUGAGAACAUAGCAAAGUUUCUGGGCUAUUGCAGAGAGAGUGACCCAUUCUCGAGGAUGUUACUCUUUGAGUACGCAUCAAAUGGGACCCUGUACGAGCACCUACACCAUGGAGAAGAGGCCCAAUUCUCUUUGCUCAAACAAAUGAAAAUAGCCAUCAGCAUCGCCCAAGGUUUAAGGUAUCUGCACACCGAGUCGCAGCCGCCUUUCGCUAUAUCAGAGCUGAACUCCAAUUCAGUAUACGUUAUAGAAGAUUCUACCCCCAAGGCUGACGACAUCGUCUACUGA